AUGCCGCUGACGGGUCUGCUCGCCGGCAAGACGGCCAUCAUCACGGGCGGCACGACGGGCAUCGGCCGCGCCAUCUGCCUCGAGUUCCUGCGGCAGGGCGCCAGCGUGGUCGUCAAUCACCUCGGCCUGGAGAGGGACCAGCCGCACCUCGACUCGCUGGUCGCCGAGGCCAGGGUCCUCGCAGAGAAGGACGCCGGCGCGGGACGCCUGGCGCACCAGGCGGGCGACGUCCGUGACCCGGCCACGGCGGCCAGGCUCGUCGAGACGGCCGUCGCGCACUCGGGCGCCACCAACAAGCGGCUCGACAUAUGCGUGUCCAACGCCGGCGUCUGCACGUUUGCCGACUUCCUGACCCUCUCACCCGACCUCUUCACCACGACGGUCAACACCAACCUCGGGGGCGCCUUCUACGUCACCCAGGCUGCCGCCCGGCAGAUGGCCCUGCACCAGUCCCCGCCCGGCGGCAGCAUCAUCGGCGUCAGCUCCAUCAGCGCGCUCGUCGGCGGCGGGGAGCAGACGCACUACACGCCGACCAAGGCCGGGGUGCUGAGCCUGAUGCAGAGCACGGCCGUCGCGCUGGGCAAGCACGGCAUCCGCUGCAACGCGCUGCUUCCGGGGACCAUCCGCACGCAGCUCAACGAGGGAGACCUCGCCGACGACAGCAAGCGCGCCUACAUGGAGGGGCGCAUCCCGCUCGGCAGAACCGGUGAGCCCAAGGACCUGGCCGGGCCGGCCGUGUUUCUGGCCUGCGACGAGCUGAGCGGCUACGUGACAGGCGCCCAGCUCCUCGUCGACGGCGGGCUGUUUGUCAACCUGCAGUGA